GAAGUUUCUUAAAGUUGUCUAUUUCUCCAGAAGCUGGAGCUGAGGCUUCUACCCCGCCUGAGAGCAGCCGUGGUGGCGCUGCCUUUUGGGGGAGAAGGGAACUGAAAAGGAAGUGCUCGAUAUCAGUGAGGUGGGGGGGGGGGCGGCUAACCCUCUCAGCCCGGUCCAACCCCUUGUUGCUCUUUGUCUUCUGGGAGAUUGAGCACAGAAGAGACAAGGGGGUCACCCGUUGUGCCCCUUCUCUCCAGUACGCGGCCCCGAGGACCCGGGCCCCUAGUUGAUUCGCCGUGGGAAGAAGCCGCGGGGUGCGCGACCCCACGGGGAUUAUAAACCGUAGAGGCGAGGUAGGGAAGCCCGGAGGGGCACCUCGACGUCCCGACACCAUGCGAGGACUUCUGUUGGGCACCCUGCUGAUCCUGCUGCGGAUACGUUCUGCCCAAGCCCAAGAUGAUGUCUCCCCAUAUUUCAAGACGGAGCCUGUCCGGACUCAAGUACAUUUGGAAGGGAACCGUCUGGUACUUACAUGCAUGGCAGAGGGCAGCUGGCCCCUGGAGUUCAAGUGGCUGCACAACAAUCGAGAAUUAACUAAAUUCUCUCUGGAGUACAGGUACAUGAUCACUAGCCUAGACCGUACCCAUGCUGGGUUCUACCGCUGCAUUGUACGCAACCGGAUGGGGGCCCUGCUGCAACGGCAAACAGAAGUCCAGGUGGCUUAUAUGGGGAGUUUUGAAGAGGGUGAGAAGCACCAGAGUGUCUCCCAUGGAGAGGCAGCUGUCAUCAAAGCCCCUCGAAUUUCCAGCUUCCCCCAACCACAGGUCACCUGGUUCCGGGAUGGCCGGAAGAUUCCACCCAGCAGCAGAAUAGCCAUCACGCUGGAUAACACCCUAGUCAUUCUGUCAACUGUGGCUCCCGACGCUGGCCGGUACUACGUGCAGGCCGUUAAUGACAAGAACGGGGAUAACAAGACCAGCCAGCCCAUCACUCUCACCGUGGAAAAUGUAGGUGGCCCUGCAGACCCAAUUGCUCCGACCAUCAUCAUCCCUCCCAAGAAUACCAGUGUGGUGGCUGGGACUUCAGAGGUAACCAUGGAAUGUGUGGCCAAUGCCAGGCCCCUGAUCAAGCUGCACAUCAUUUGGAAGAAGGAUGGGGUGCCGGUGUCAGGGGGGGUCAGUGACCACAACCGACGGCUCACCAUCUUGAAUCCCAAAGGCAGCAACACCGGCUACUACGAGUGUGAGGCCGUCCUGCGCAGCAGCAGUGUCCCUUCCGUGGUCCGGGGUGCUGUCCUUUCUGUGCUGGAGCCGCCCCAGUUUAUUAAGGAGCCAGAGAGACACAUCACAGCAGAGAUGGAGAAGGUGGUGGACAUACCUUGUCAAGCCAAAGGUGUGCCAUCCCCUGUCACCACCUGGUACAAAGAUGCCGCUGUCAUUGAUGUGAAAAAGCUGUCGAGGUUCCGGCUACAUGGAGAUGGGAGCCUGCAGAUCAGCGGACUGGUGCCUGAUGACACAGGCAUGUUCCAGUGCUUUGCCCGAAACUCGGCUGGAGAAGUGCAGACUUCCACCUACCUCGCUGUCACCAGCAUUGCCCCCAAUAUCACCAGAGGCCCUUUGGACAGCACAGUGAUUGAUGGCAUGUCUGUGGUGCUGGCAUGUGAGACAUCAGGAGCACCCCGGCCAGCUAUCACUUGGCAAAAAGGUGAACGGAUCCUGGCUAGUGGCUCCAUUCAGCUCCCCCGCUUCACUCUCCUGGAGUCUGGCAGCCUGCUUAUCAGUCCCACCCGAAUCUCAGACGCUGGCAGUUACACAUGUUUGGCCACCAACUCACGGGGAGUAGAUGAGGCAUCAGCAGAUUUGGUCGUCUGGGCCCGGACGCGCAUCACCAUGGCCCCCCAGGACCAGAGCGUCAUCAAGGGCACCAAGGCCUUCAUGACGUGUGGUGUGACCCAUGACCCCAGCGUGACUGUCAGGUACGUCUGGGAAAAAGAUGGAUCAGUGAUUAGUGUGGACAGCACUCCCCGCAUGCGCCUAGACAAGAAUGGCUCUCUGCAUAUCUCACAGACCUGGUCAGGUGACAUUGGCACCUACACCUGCAGGGUGCUAUCUGCAGGAGGUAACGAUUCCCGAAGUGCCUACCUGCGAGUCCGGCAGUUGCCCCAUGCACCAGAACAUCCCGUGGCAACCCUGAGCACAGCUGAGAGACGCUCCAUCAAUCUGACUUGGGCCAAGCCCUUUGAUGGCAACAGCCCCCUGAUGCACUAUGUUCUGGAGAUGUCAGAGAACAAUGCCCCCUGGACAGUACUUUUGCCUAAUGUGGAUCCUGAGGCUACUUCAGUGAUGGUCAAGGGCCUGGUUCCAGCACGCUCCUAUCAGUUCCGUCUCUGUGCAGUCAACGAUGUGGGGAAGGGGCAAUUCAGCAAGGACACAGAAAGAGUCUCCCUCCCUGAAGAGCCACCGACAGCCCCUCCACAGAAUGUCAUUGCCAGUGGCCGGACCAACCAAUCCAUUAUGAUCCAGUGGCAGCCCCCUCCUGAGAGCCAUCAGAACGGCAUUCUGAAGGGUUAUAUCAUCAGGUUCUGUCUAGCUGGGUUGCCUGUUGGGUACCAGUUUAGGAACAUCACCAACGCAGAUGUCAAUAACCUGCUCCUUGAGGAACUCAUCAUCUGGACCAACUAUGAGAUCUCAGUGGCAGCCUACAAUAGUGCCGGUCUGGGCGUCUACAGCAGCAAAGUGACAGAGUGGACCUUGCAGGGAGUUCCCACAGUCCCUCCAGGCAACGUCCGAGCUGAAGCCAUCAAUUCCACAACCAUACGAUUCACUUGGAAUGCCCCAAGCCCCCAGUUCAUCAAUGGCAUCAACCAGGGCUAUAAGCUGAUCGCUUGGGAACCUGAGCAAGAAGAAGAGGUUACCAUGGUGACAGCCCGGCCCAACUUCCAGGACAGCAUCCACGUGGGCUUUGUGUCAGGCCUGAAGAAAUUCACAGAGUACUUUACCUCGGUCCUGUGCUUUACCACACCUGGAGACGGACCCCGCAGUCUGCCCCAGUUGGUGCGCACCCAUGAGGACGUGCCUGGCCCAGUGGGACACCUAAGCUUCAAUGAAAUCCUGGACACCUCCCUGAAGGUCAGCUGGCAAGAGCCUGGGGAGAGGAACGGCAUCCUCACUGGAUACCGGAUCUCCUGGGAGGAAUAUAACCGCACCAACACCCGGGUAACACAUUACCUACCCAAUGUCACCCUGGAAUACCGUGUCACUGGCCUAACUGCCCUCACCACCUAUACCAUUGAAGUGGCAGCUAUGACCUCAAAGGGCCAAGGCCAAGUCUCAGCCUCUACCAUCUCCUCAGGGGUCCCUCCAGAACUCCCUGGAGCUCCCACAAACCUGGGCAUCUCCAAUAUUGGCCCCCGCUCUGUGACGUUGCAGUUCAGACCUGGUUAUGAUGGGAAAACCUCCAUCUCCCGAUGGCUGGUGGAGGCACAGGUGGGAGUGGUGGGUGAGGGAGAAGAAUGGCUACUGAUCCACCAACUGACUAAUGAACCUGAUGCCCGCUCCAUGGAGGUGCCCAACCUCAACCCCUACACCUUCUACAGCUUCCGCAUGCGCCAGGUGAAUAUUGUGGGCACCAGCCCCCCCAGCCAACCCUCUCGCAAGAUCCAAACCCUCCAAGCUCCACCUGACAUGGCACCUGCCAACGUGACCCUUCGUACGGCCAGUGAGACUAGCCUUUGGCUGCGCUGGAUGCCUCUCCCAGAAAUGGAGUACAAUGGGAACCCAGAGUCAGUGGGCUACAAGAUCAAGUACACCCGAUCCGACGGGCAUGGCAAGACCCUGAGCCACGUGGUCCAUGACCGGAUUGAGCGAGAGUACACCAUAGAGGACCUAGAAGAGUGGACUGAAUACCGAGUACAAGUCCAGGCCUUCAAUGCCAUUGGAACUGGGCCUUGGAGCCAGAUCGUUGUGGGCAGGACCAGGGAGUCAGUUCCCUCCUCAGGUCCCACCAAUGUUUCUGCACUGGCUACCACCUCAAGCAGCAUGCUAGUACGCUGGAAUGAAAUCCCAGAGGCUGACCGAAAUGGGCUGGUACUGGGCUAUAAGGUGGUAUAUAAAGAGAAGGAUUCUGACACCCAGCCUCAGUUCUGGCUCGUGGAAGGAAACUCAUCUCUCAGUGCCCAGCUCACUGGCUUGGGCCGCUAUGUGCUCUAUGAGAUCCAGGUACUAGCCUUCACCCGCAUUGGGGAUGGCACUCCAAGCUCCCCACCUAUCCUGGAGAGGACUCUGGAUGAUGUACCAGGACCUCCCAUGGGCAUUCUCUUCCCAGAAGUGAGACCCACAUCGGUCCGACUGAUUUGGCAGCCUCCAGCUGCCCCUAAUGGCAUUAUAUUAGCUUACCAGAUUACCCACAGACUCAACACUACUACAGCCAACACUGCCUCGGUGGAGGUGCUAACCCCCAGUGCCCGUCAAUAUACCGCCACCGGUCUCAAGCCUGAAUCUAUCUAUCUAUUCCGUAUCAUGGCCCAGACUCGUAAGGGCUGGGGGGAGGCAGCUGAAGCACUUGUGGUGACCACAGAGAAGAGAGACCGUCCACAGCCUCCUAGCAAGCCUGUAAUAAAACAGGAGAAUGUGAAGGCACGGAGCGUGCUGCUGUCCUGGGAGCCUGGGAGUGAUGGCCUCUCCCCCGUCCGCUACUACACCAUCCAGACCCGGGAACUCCCCAGUGGCAAGUGGGCCCUGCACUCUUCCUCUGUGACCCACAAUGCCACCUCAUUUGUUGUGGACAGGCUCAAGCCCUUCACCUCCUACAAAUUCCGAGUCAAAUCAACCAAUGACAUUGGGGACAGUGAAUACAGUGAAGAAUCAGAAUCCCUCACCACGCUACAGGCUGCCCCAGAAGAAGCUCCCACCAUCCUCUCCGUUACGCCACACACCACCACUUCGGUACUGAUCUCCUGGCAGCCACCAGCUGAAGACAAAAUCAAUGGAAUCCUGCUGGGCUUCCGGAUCCGUUAUCGAGAGCUGCUAUAUGAAGGGUUGCGGGGCUUCACGAUGCGAAAUAUCAAUAAUCCCAGUACCAAAUGGGCUGAGCUCACCUCUAUGUAUGCUGUGCGGAACCUGAGCCGGCCCAGCCUCACGCAAUAUGAACUGGACAACCUAAGUAAGCACAAACGCUAUGAGAUCCGGAUGAGUGUCUACAAUGCUGUGGGGGAGGGGCCAUCCAGUUCACCCCAGGAAGUGUUCGUGGGAGAAGCAGUGCCUACUGCACCCCCACAAAAUGUAGCUGUCCAUGGUGCCACGGCCACACAGCUAGACGUGACUUGGGAACCACCUCCAUUGGAGGCACAGAAUGGCGACAUCCAAGGCUAUAAGAUUUAUUUUUGGGAAGCUCAACGGCGGAACGGCACAGAACGGCUCAAGACACUCUUCUUGCCUGAGAAUGGCGUGAAGCUCAAGAACCUCACUGGCUAUACCGCUUACCUGGUCAGUGUGGCAGCUUUCAAUGCUGCGGGGGAUGGGCCACGGAGUGCCCCCAGCCAAGGACGAACCCAGCAAGCAGCUCCUAGUGCACCCAGUGCGGUCAAAUUCAGCGAGUUGACCACAACUUCAGUGAAUGUGUCCUGGGAACCUCCACUCUUCCCCAAUGGCGUCCUUGAGGGCUACCGGCUAAUCUACGAGCCUUGCACUCCAGUGGAUGGGGUCAGCAAGAUCGUGACUGUCGAUGUAAAGGGGAACAGCCCCUUGUGGUUGAAAGUGAAAGACCUAGCAGAGGGCAUGACCUACAGAUUCCGAAUUCGGGCCAAGACCUUCACCUAUGGGCCAGAAAUCGAAGCCAAUAUCACCACAGGGCCCGGAGAAGGUGCUCCCGGACCCCCUGGAAUUCCCAUCAUCAUCCGGUACAGCUCAGCCAUCGCCAUUCACUGGUCUAGUGGAGACCCUGGCAAGGGCCCUAUCACCCGCUAUGUCAUAGAGGCCCGACCAUCAGAUGAAGGGCUAUGGGACAUCCUCAUCAAAGACAUUCCUAAGGAGGUGACCUCAUACACAUUCAGUAUGGACAUCCUAAAGCAUGGUGUCAGUUACGACUUUCGAGUUAUUGCUGUCAAUGACUAUGGCUAUGGCACACCUAGCAGCCCAUCCCAAUCUGUCCCAGCCCAGAAAGCUAAUCCAUUCUAUGAAGAGUGGUGGUUCCUGGUGGUCAUCGCCCUGGUUGGCCUCAUAUUUAUCCUCCUGCUGGUCUUUGUUCUUAUUAUCCGUGGUCAGAGCAAGAAGUAUGCGAAGAAGUCAGACUCUGGGAACAAUGCCAAAUCCAGCGCCUUGGGCCAUGGAGAGAUGGUGAGCCUGGAUGAAAGCAGCUUCCCAGCCCUGGAACUCAACAAUCGCCGCCUCUCGGUCAAGAACUCCUUCUGUCGGAAGAAUGGUAUCUACACCAGGUCUCCUCCAAGACCCAGCCCGGGCAGUCUCCACUACUCAGAUGAGGAUGUCACCAAGUACAAUGACCUGAUUCCAGCAGAAAGCAGCAGCCUGACAGAGAAACCGUCUGAAAUCUCAGAUUCUCAGGGAAGUGACAGUGAAUAUGAAGUUGACCAGAACCACCAAAAGGCCCACUCAUUUGUCAACCAUUACAUCAGCGACCCCACCUACUACAACUCAUGGAGGCGGCAGCAGAAGGGUAUCUCGCGGGCCCAAGCCUACAGCUACACAGAGAGCGACUCAGGGGACCCUGAGCAUGCCACCGUCGCUAACAACAACAGCACCCAGCAGGGCAGCCUCUUCCGGCCCAAAGCCAGUCGGACUCCAACGCCCCAGAACCCUGCCAAUCCUCCUAGCCAACAGAGCACGAUCUACCGGCCCCCCAGUAGCCUAGCUCCUGGGUCUCGGGCCCCUAUAGCUGGAUUCUCAUCAUUUGUUUGAUGUUGGAAAGGAAAGAAAGAAAUGGUACAAGAUAAAUCCUCCUCCUCACCCACCCCACCCCCAACUUUUCCUCUCUGAAAACAAAACAAAACUCAGAGUCAAGUUGACUUUUCACCUCCCAACUUUAUUUUUCCAGAGAUUCCAGGGGCUAGCAAAACCUAAUCCUGAAAGGGAAGGAAGAAAGGGGAAAAAAAAAAGCAAGCAAAUGUGUUAUGUGUCUGUGGAAGACAAUCAGCCCUAGUUAAGUUUUCUAGGCCUUUGCUGCCUUGAGGGUUCAACAGAGAUGAAGAAGAGAACCCAGUGUCCACAGGGUGGCAAAGUUAAGUCCAGGCCCCUACAGAGAGGGGGAGAGAAAUGAGAAAAACCAAGAAGCAGUUAGUUGGGACACUUAACCCUUCUCCACUGCAGAACACAGGAUGAAUGUCCCUGGCCUCGAUCCAUUUUCACUAUGGCACUUGGGGUACACUGUUGGGACAUGGAGAUACCAAUGCCCACACCAACAUUUUGCUGCCUUUUUCCACCAAGAUGGGAAUCCUUCAAGCCAAAGCCCCACCCUUCUCCAUCCCCUCUAACCCAGGGUGGCCUUGCUAAUUCCUCAAGGGUGGGUUGGGGUGGGGUGGAAAUAGAUAAAAGAGGGAAGUGGGAAGAAAGACCAUGGUCAGUUAGCUUGAUCCCCCUGAGGAUCUGGGAAUCUAGACUAGGUGAGGACUCAGGGUGAGUCGGUCCCUAGGCAGAAGAUAUUGGGUUCUAUCCCAUAACCCACCAGCUCCUGCCUUCAGGGUGGAGUUGGAAGAGAACUAUAACAUUCAGUGCACUGUCAAAGCCAACCCUGGGAUAACUGGCCUUGCAACAGGCCCCCCUUCCUCCCUGUCUGGACCUGCCUGUGCUCCCCUGGAUGGGGCUCUGGUUCAACUCCCAACAAGUUUUUUGUUUGUUUGUUUUUUGUUUUUGUUUUUUAAUAAGAAAAAAAAAAUUAACCUCAGGAGGCAGCCCAGCUAGCUCUUUUUACCUCUUGUUGUUAAGCAAGCAAGUGAGGGGGUUGGGUAAGAGGACCAGGCAGCUAAGUCCUAUAAUCACUUUACUUGAAUUCUGUGUCUUGAGUGCAGGCUUAGGAGGGAUAGAGGCUGUCAGGAAGCAAAGAUGCACCACUGCAAUGAAGGCAUGGCUCACUGGGGAAGAUGUUGAUGGAGAGUGACAGCUUGUUGAGAUUAAGGAUGAGGCUUUGACUCAUCUUUCCUUCUGUGCUUGCCCUGGCCCUUUAAGAAAAGAAAGAAAGAAAGAAAGAAAAGAAAAAGAAGAAGGGAUGGUCCCCAGGAGAACUCUUCUGGAGAAGUGAGAAACCAAAAAUUUUAAAAUUGUUCCCUGGAGUUGGGAGCUGGGUGGGAGGCUGGGGUCCUUAUCUCGGCAAACACCAGGCUUCUCCCUCCCCAUCCUCCAAUCUCCUUCUGUGUUGAAGGAGCCCCCUUCUCCCAGCGCAGAACAGGAAGCAGGAAGAAAGAGAGGCUGGGCUUGGUAUUCUGUAAUCAAAGCCUCUUGGUUUUUAGAACAGAAAUCACUUGGAUUUCUUUUCAUAGCAUAGCAAAACAAACACACAUUCGCAUUGGUGUCUCAUUUUUCUGUCUUACACACAUGUAUACACAUGCCACAAACAGAAAUCACACACGUACAUUCAGUGCCUGCCCAGAAGUGAGGCCUGAGGAAACUAUGUUAAUGUCCUAUCUCCUUCUCCCAGGAGGCAGAAGAAAAAGACAGAAGGAAGGGUCGGAUCAUUCCCAACAAGGGUACAGGCCAUUGGCACAUUCCCUAAAACACCCCAUUUAUAAAGAGCCAAAGACCUCUCUUGAGAGGAAAAAUAUACCUUUGAGAUAAAUGGGAGAAUCUGGCCACAGGGUGUGGGAAGUCCCCUGGAAUCAGCCCCAGGAAAGGGCAGCCAAGGGGAUGACCUGGGAGACAAGAAUAGUUGACAGGGAAAAAGAAAUCCUUUUCCAAAAAAUUACCCACUUGGAAGAAUGUUCUUUUUAAAAGCCACUUUCUUUGGCUCCUCGGAUACUCUCACCACUUUGUCAUGUCUAGAUGCAAUGUGUCUGUAGAGCAACGGAAAGGGGUGGUAUGGUUCACACCAGAUCCCUACCCCAGAAGAGGUGCCUAGGACACCCAGAGGCCAAGAAAGGGAGGGUGGACAUCCUCACAGCGGCCAUCAAGUGCUGGGAUUCCAACGUCAUUACUUUGUAGGGGGAGAGGUGAGAACUCAGUCUACCCCUGGAAAGCUGACUGGAGAAUGGAGCCAGCGGUUUCCUGGUGAUAGCAGUGGCUAGUGAGAUGAUUUGGGGGACAGGCAGGUCUCUUAGAAAAGCCCAUCAGAGGGUAGCUAGGUGACGAAGUGGAUAAAGCACCGGCCCUAGAUUCAGGAGGACCUGAGUUCAAAUCCAGUCUCAGACUCUUGACACUUAGUAGCUGUGUGACCCUGGGCAAGUCACUUAACCCUCAUUGCCUCGCAAAAAAAGAAAAACCCAUCUGACUAUUGGAAGGUAGAAAACUGGAUUAGCACAACUAUGCUCUGAGAAGCCUUAAAGAGUAGGGAGAGGGAAUCUAAGCCCUAGCCCACCCCAAGAAAUGGACAAGAGACAAGCCCUGGAGAAUAUGCAGAUGGUCCUGGGAUGUCACUUUGAUUGCAGACUGGUUGAGAUAGUCUGCCUUUUCCAUGCUGACCAUCCCUCUAGCAAUGACCGCUGCUUUCCCUAAGUGACAGGAGCCUGCUAACAGGGCAAAACCAAUCAUUGAUUUUUAGGACUGACUUAGAUGCUGGCUAAAUGUGAAAGAAAUGCUCUCGGGGACCAGGGAAACAACUUAGGUGACAGGUUGUCUGUGCACUGGGUGUCAAACUACCUGGCACGAUAUGGUCCAGAGAUGGUUGUAGGAAAAAGAACUUCGCUAAGGAAGAGGUGUCACAGAAUGGAAAAACCCUACCCUCGGGUACAGACUAGGACAAAGAACCACCAAGCAGAGGUCUAGGGCUUUCUUCUUGUGCUGUUGUUGUUUAACCUGGGCCUUAAGCUUAGUGAAGGCCUUGUUUGGCGUUGAAGAAAAACCAGAAAUAUCCAGCAUGGAAUUCAGGUCUCAUAAUACCCUUCCCCCAGCCCCAUAUCAAGCAUCCCACCAUCUCCAUGGCAACACAUCUGCCACUGUCCCCAUUUGAUCAUACUGCUUUUCUUUCUGCUCUCAUUACAAAGAAAAGAAAAGAAAAAAAUAACCCUCUCCUUUUCCCAACCCGCAAUGUGUUUGGGCCCCUUAAAGAAGUUUCCAGUUAAUGUUAGGAAAUGAUUAAAACUCCAUUCCAUUUAGAGAAUUGUGAACUUUUAAAUAUAAAAAUAUGGGUAUAUGUAUACAGAUAUAUAUUAUGCACAUAAUAUAUAGCAUAUGUAUGUAUAUAUACACAUAUGUAUCUUAUACAGCCAAAUUUUCUUUUUUUUUUUAAUGUGCAUACACUUUUUUUUUAAAUCAGACCUGUGAUUUCAUUGCUAUAGGAAAAUGCUAGUGAGGAACCUUCCCAACCAAUAUAGAUCAGCACCUUCUCUGCAUCUUACAGUCUUAGAGUUGCCUGGAACUCUGAAAGGCAGGACUCAAAGCCAGGUCUUCCUUACUGUGAGGCCAGCUGUCUUUUUCUUAUACCACACUGCCUCUGUACACAAAAAUAGACAAACUUGCAAUCACACACACAAACAUAUAUACAACCCUCAUCUGACCUCAUGCUAAAUGCCCUCCAGUGCUUCCUUGGGGAGAGAAAAAAAGCAACACCCCAGGUAAUGCUUACCUGCCUCUCUUGAACGAGGCACAAGUAGCUGGCCAGCCAUGAGGCUGGGCUAAAACUAGUGUUUGAGAUUUGUAAGGAGAAGGAGCAGACCACGGGUAUGGGUGGGAUCAAUUGAGCUAGCCCAAAGGUGAGUCUUCUUCACAGAGCAGAUCCCCAUACAUGUGGACAUUUGCCUUUUGCUGGUUAUAGCUACAUAUGGGAACCCAAGUUUCUGGCAUCUGGAACACCAUAUUUUCCAAAAGAAGCUCCUCUCCACCCCUGUUUACAUAUUCACAGAGCUGGAAUGUGCUUGCUCUCUUCCAUCUCCUAGAAGAUUGUCUCAGGCGAGUGGAUAGUAUAAGGAUACCGAAGAGCAUCCUGAGCAAGCAUGGCUCAUAUGCCACAUCAUACUUGACUAGGUCUGGGAAGGGAUGCCAAUGUGACUAUCCACAAGGGUCUAGGAGAAGCAUAUCACACCUAGAGAUGGAACCACAGCACCCCAUGGUUUCAUGCAGCCAUGACCUAUGGAUGACCCCAUCUAACUACAGGAAGCAACUAAAGUCACCUGUGUUGGCAUCAAGGAGCCCAUUUAUUGGGAUUCUUUCACUCCCUCUUGCACACAGGGUCAGCCGAGCACAAGGACUGCCAAGAUGAACCAAAUAACUCCUACCUUGGAUUCCAAAAGCACCUUUUCCCCUGAAUUGAGGGGGAUUUCCAGACACAGGCCUAGCUCUAGUGGUGAAGAUCCCAAGAGGUCAUCGACCACUCUCCUGCCUACUCACCACUGCCAUCAGUUAGAGGAGAUAGAUAAGAAUGCUGUCUUAAGAUUGUCUCCAGCCCAACCUGCCUCAGCCCAGCUCAGCCCUGCCCAGCUCAUGCUGCCCUGUGGCCUUCUGACAUUGUCCACACCACUCUUAGGGCAGUGAUUUUAAAGGUGCCAGAGCCCCACCCCUGGGAGGGGACUCCCUUUAUCCUUGGUGUCUUCAGUGUGCCAAGAUCAACCUAAUUGCCCUCUGGGGGGUCAGCAAGUCCUUGGAAGUGGCAACCCCUUGGGGAAUGGAGUUCAAAGAGAAGAGGGAUGGGGAGUGGCUCAGAAGCCAUCUGAGUGGCCAAAGUCAGCCCUAUGAGUCCUGUUACAUGGUCAUUCGUGGUCAUACCUGGCAGCAUCCAAACAGGCAAGCUGAGAGGGGUGACUUUGACCUUUGCCCGAGUCUAGCUCCCACUGUGGACUGCCAGCAGGCAGGUCAAUGUCAAUGCCUCCCCUUCCCCGGUGUCCACUCCUUUGUGAUGUGCUUGUGUCCCCUCUGAAUAACCCAAAGUGUUUGAACAUGUUAUUUUUCUUUACUCUCACAUUCACUCCGAACAAAAGGAAAAACAAAAUCAGCAAAAAUCUUUAUUUUUGAUUUAAAAGAGAUAAUGAAAAAAAAAUAUGAGGAGAGUAUUUAAUCAUGGCAGGUGUCUGUAAGAAAAUAUAUAUAUCUAUAUAUGUCAUAUAGCUUGUUAGCAAGUUUAUUUUUUAAAUGAAAGGCAAGGAGGAAAAAAUGGUUUGAAAUAUAAUGCCGCAAGAUGUCUCAUGUCCUGUCAAAC